UUACUAUUAAAAUGAUAGGCAGUAAAGAAGGAGAAGAAAAAUAUCGAAUCAUCAUCGUGUGAGGAAUUAGGGGAAAGAUGGGAGAAGAAGAUGCAGCAGCAGCACCGCCGACGGAGCAGCAGCAGGAUUGGCUGACUUACAUAUCGGAAGACCUCCCUCGCAGCGUCCAGGAGUCAGCCGACUCCGCCAUUAGCUCCGCCCGCUCUCUUCAGCAAUCCUCCUCCACUCAUCUCCGCUCUCUUCAGGAAUUUGUUCCCCAAAUCGGAACUCGGUAUCGAUAUUAUGAGGAAGCUUUCUUCACCAAAGUUAAAGAUGACUUAGUGAGUUUAAGAGAACAUCCUGCACUCACCGCUGGUGUUGCUGUUACUUCUUGCCUCCUCCUUAUGCGAGGACCUAGAAGAUUUUUGAUUCGUAAAACACUGGGUCGACUUCAGAGUGAGGAGGCACAAUUUGUUAGAGCUGAAAAUAAUGUGAAAGAGUUGAGUCUAUCUAUUGACUUAAUGAAGAAGGAGAGUCAAAAGCUGCUUGAGCGCUCUGUCCUUGCUGAAAGAGACAUGAAACGUGGCCUUUCUGAUCUCAAGGAUGCUGGAACUCAGAUUCAAGGAAUUGCUAGAUCAGUUUAUAAGGCAGAAACAGAAGCUGCGGAUUUGAUGGACCUGUUGCGAGAAAUCCCUGGAAGGGAGGCUUUGAAGCUACGGGCAGACGUUGCUUCAAUGGCAUCACAUCUGCGGCAGCAAAGAUCAGCAAUUGAUAAAAAGAUAGUAAAGAUUUCUGAAUUAGGAGUUCCUGUGUAGAACAACAUUAAAUGCCAAGUAUACUACUAUUUUGUUUGGAUUGCAUUUGGCACUAACUGUUUUGGGAUGAUUUGCAUAACUCUUCUUUCUGAACGAGGAUUGUCCAAAUAAGCAAAAAUACUAUUUCUACAUAAAGGGUAUAUAUCAAUGUGUCUGUUGUACUGUGUA